AUGCCUUUCUCUCGUACAUUGUCAGUUGUCGGGUGUCAUGCCGAAGGCGAAGUCGGCGAUGUGAUCACUGGUGGGGUCUUGGAUGUUCCUGGCAACACGAUGUACGACAAACUUGUUCAUUUUCUCAACAAAAAAGAUGAGAUCCGUCAACUUCUCCUAAAUGAACCGCGAGGCCGGGCUUCGAUGAAUACCAACCUGAUUCUGCCACCAUGUGAUCCACGAGCCGAUGCCGGUUUCCUGAUCAUGGAAAGCGAGGAAUACGCACCGAUGUCUGGGUCCAACACCAUCUGCACGGCAACGGUGUUGCUGGAGACUGGCAUGGUUCCAAUGAAAGAGCCAAUCACAGAAUUGAAUUUGGAUACUGCUGCUGGUCUGGUCACAGUAAAAGCGGAAUGUGAAGCAGGGAAAUGCAAGUCGGUGGAAUUCGAUAACGUCCCUGCUUUUGUCUUCAAGCUCGACUACCAAGUCAAUGUACCCGGUAUCGGGGAGAUUCAUGUGGAUAUUGCCUGGGGAGGAAUGAUGUAUGUGCUGGUCGAGGCUGCCUCUUUGGGGUUAAAAGUCGAUUCCCAGUAUAGCACUCAGUUGGUGGAUUUCGGCGAACGUGUCAAACGCGCAGUCCAAGCAUCAUACACCCCUGUUCACCCAGAAAACCCCAAAAUCAGAGGUGUCACCAACAUAGUCAUCACAGAGCCUCUGAUGCAAGAGGAUGGUUGCAAGGCUGCGGUCAAUACUGUUGUGGUCUCACCCGGGCGAUUUGACCGAAGUCCUUGUGGAACUGGGACAUGUGCUCGACUUGCAGUUAUGCAUUCUCGGGGUCAGAUUGCGGAGAACGAGAUCUUCAAACAUCGCAGCAUUAUCGGGACAGAGUUCAUCAGCCAUAUCCGGGGGACAACACAAGUGGGCGAAUAUCAGGCAGUUCUUCCAACUGUAGCAGGACGGGCUUGGAUCACAAGUUUCAAGCAGGUAGUUCUGGACUCUACCGACCCAUUUCCAGAAGGGUUUAGAGUUGGAGAUCAGUGGAAAAUGAUUCCCAAUUGA